AUGACGCUCGCGCCGGCGUCUCCGCUGGAAUCCGUCGGAUGGUACCUCAGUCUUUACUGGCCGGCGAUGCAAAAGGAGUUCAAGGGGAUCGUGCAGAGGUACGAUGCGGACUCUAGACACCACACGGUGCGAUGGGACAACGCCCCGCGCGGGAGCGAUGGCGUUACGGAGGUUGAUUUGUCGGAGGGCGAGCUGACGUGGCUCAAACCUCCGGAGAAGGCGGGUGCGAAGAAGAGCGCGAAGUCAUCGAGCAAAUCUGACGUGAAGGUGAGUAAGCCCAAGAUGACUAAAGUGUACGACGAGUCCGAGACGAUGGAAGAUUUGGAAGCCAGAUUCACUGGAAAGACGACAAAGGCGGUGGCAUUUCAAGUGCUGAAGAAUAGCGGACCGCAGGGCAUGUCGCUUCAAGAGAUAGUGGAUGAAUCACAAAAACUCGGUCUCCGAGACUGGACGACGUGUAAGCAGCCGAAGACGACGAUCAAUGUGUGCGUGAGCCAGGAUCCAGCCUUUGUGAAGAUCGCGCCCGGUCGCGUGGGGCUGCGAGUGAACGGCGCGGAGGAGCCGAGCGGCGCAUCUUACGCCGCGAAAGCCGCAUCUAAGGCGAACGGUAACGCGAUGAAGAAACGCGGUCGUCCGCCCAGGCAUGAUGGCAAGUCCAAAAAGGCUCCGCGCCAUGAACCGCAGCACUGGGAGCGUAAGCCCCCGAUCGACCUCGUGCUCGAAGUGACGAGUGACGAUGGGAAAUUUAUUUCCAACUCUCCGAUGGAAGUGCCGUUUAACAUCACGAUCAAGGCGUUGAAGAGGGCCAUUUCGGCAAACACCAAAGGCGCACUCAAGCCGCAAUACCAGCAAAUUUUCCACGAAUCUCGGAACAUUGGAAACGACGAAGACGCCUUCCUGGUGCACGCAGUUCGGCCCAGCAAGUUUGAGCGUAGCCUUCACCUUAAGCUCGUCAUCGGCGAGACGUAA